AGCUGCAGUCAGUCUUCACAUUUAGUGCGUGAUACACGUAUCUAGAUAGUAUGUUGGAAUUAUAAAAUACCGUCUGCUGAUUGUGAAAAUUUAACUUCUAAUCUUGAUAAAAACUUAAAAACAAUAACAAAACUAAUGAAUUGCAUUUAAGUGCAGCUUUAUCUGUUUAUAGUGUAAUUAUUUUUAAUUGAUAUUUUUCUACAUUUUUUUUCAAAUAAUGUAGAAACUGUUUAUUAUCUCGAUAAAAACUAUAUUGGAAAAACGUUACAAUAACGUUCUUUUCUCGCGUAAUCAAUCGGAAAAUCAGUGUGAUGGAGCUCUCUACUUUAAUUCUGAUUAUUAUCACGACAUGUAUCUGUCUAUAUUAUUUUAUCCUGAGUAAGCUGUCUCAUUUCAAGCGGCUAAAGAUCCCACAUGUACGGCCCACUCCAUUAUUGGGCCACCUGGCGCCCUUUAUUUUCCGACGUUUGUCUCUGGAAGAAAACGUUCGCAAAAUAUACAAUAUAUUCCCGGACGUGAAGUAUUUCGGUUUCUACGAGUUUAUGACGCCAGUCUACGUAAUUCGUGACCCGGAAUUGAUCACCACAAUUGCCAUCAAAAACUUUGACAGUUUCUGCGAUCAUCGUGAUUUAUUUAACAAAGAAACCGAACCGUUAAUCAGUAGAAAUCUAUUCAGCAUAAACGGCGAUCAUUGGCGUGAAAUGCGGAAGCUUCUCAGUCCUACUUUUACAUCCGGAAAAAUAAAGAUAAUGUUCAAACUGAUGUGCGAAUGUGCGGAGAAUCUUACCGAUUUCUUGACGACCGAUUCUGGAAAUAUCGGCAAGACAUACGAUAUGAAAAAUGUGCUGAGCAGAUACUCCAACGACGUAGUGGCUACGUGUGCUUUCGGCAUAAGCGUAGAUUCGUUUAAGCAUCCAAACAACGAUUUUCUUUUUCUCGCCAAGGAAGCCGCGAAUUUCACCAGUAAUCCUAUCAAACUCUUAAUUAAUAAAAAUUUUCCACUACUCGGAAGACUUCUCGGAUUGAAAAUAUUUAGCUCAAAAAUAAAAAGUUUCUUCAAAGAGAUUAUUGCUGAUACAGUGAAGACUAGGGAUAAGCAGAAAAUUAUUCGUCCAGAUAUGAUUCAUCUGAUGAUGGAGAAAAGAGAUAAUGAUCACGGUUUUACGAUGGACAUCGACGAGAUGACCGCUCAGGCGUUCGUCUUUCUCGUCGCUGGAUUAAAUUCAACAUCAUUAGCCAUGUGCUUUCUGACACAUGAAGUCGGAAUCAAUUUUGAUGUCCAGAACAAAGUGAGGGCCGAGAUUGACGAUAUUCUCGCUCAAACAAACGGCAAACCCACUUUUGAAGCUAUCAGCCAAAUGAAGUAUUUAGACGCUGUGAUAAAUGAAACCCUUAGAUUGUAUCCAGUGGGAGGUUUUCUCGACAGAAUAUGCGUCAAAGAGUUUAAAUUACCACCAGCGACUUCGGAUGGCGAACCGAUCACGCUGAAGCCCGGAGACAGCAUCUGGUUUCCGCAUUACGCUCUGCAUCGCGAUCCCAAAUAUUAUUCUCAGCCGGACAAGUUCGAUCCCGAUAGAUUCUUGAACGGUGAAGUAGACAACUCGGUCUACAUGCCGUUUGGUAUCGGGCCCAGAAUAUGCAUAGCUACCAGAUUUGCUCUGAUAGAACUGAAAAUUAUGUUAUUUUAUCUGUUAUGGCGUUGCGAUCUCGAACCCGAUACUAAAACUAAGAUUCCUAUGGUAUUCAGCAAAGAGGCUUAUUUUAUGACGGCAGAGGGCGGAUUCUGGUUAAAAUUGCGAGCGAGGAAUUUGAAGGCUCUUAUUACAUCCUUAUCGAAUAAAAAUAUAUGCGUAGAUUAACCAUAUUUGUAAGACAUGAAAUUUCAGGCAUAAAAUUGUAUUUAAAGUAUAUCUUUUAAAUUAGUGAAUCCAUAUAAUAUACACAGUUUUUUCUCGCUUAAACAUUUGAUACAGAAAGAUUCAAUAGAGAGUUUAAAUUGUUUUGGUGGUACAAUUGUACGAUAUUUUUUCAGCAAUUUGUAAGAAAAAAUAAUUAUAAAAAUUAAAAAUUAAAUAAGUCAAAGAUUGAAAAUUUCAGUAUAAAAGCAUUUUUUUCUAUUUGCUAUUAACUCUCAUAUGUAUGUUAAGUAUUGAAUUUAAUGCAUUUAUGCCUUCUUUGAAUAUGGUAUCUAGGAUUAUACAAUAAAAAAUGUUAUUUUGUAAUUUUGAGAACUAUACAUGAUAGAUUAAAUAAUUUUUAUAUUAUUUCUAAUGUGUACACACAUGAGAAAUAAGUCAUAUAUAUGGUACAUUCUCUUAAUAAAGAAGUAAAUACAAUAUAUUUAGUAGCAUGACAUAAAUAAUCCCACGCGACAUUAUUAAAAGAUACGUCUUUUUGUUUUAUUACUUUUGUUUAAUAACUAAAAAGUGUUAUAAAACGUAUAGUAUAAGUAUAUAUUUAAUGAAGGACCCUCUUUGAUUGUCACAUAGAAGUUUGGUUAUGGUACUGUAUCUAUGAAACUAUAAAUAUUGUAAAUAUUUAUCAUUUACUAUAUUAUAAUAGCAAUAAAACUGCACGAAUAUAAGA